AUGCAGGAGAAGUUCCUGGAAAUGUUGUGGCCCUUCAGGCGUGGAAUUUCUGGAGGGAUUUUCCAACAAGGAGCCUUGACAAAGCCAGUGUUAAUCAACUCACUGCUUGGACAUCCUGGAUUUCAGAACUUACAUGUAAAAGUUGGAGACAAAGCUGAACUUAGCAAGGCUUUUACACAGAAUGAUGUAGUUACUUUUUCUUAUUUAACAGGUGACACAAAUCCUUUGCAUUUAAAUGAAGAGUUUGCAAAGAAGUCUAGGUUUGGGAGAACUGUUGUCCAUGGAGUUCUGAUCAAUGGACUUAUUUCUGCAGUUCUGGGUACCAAAAUGCCUGGUCAAGGAUGUAUAUUUCUUUCCCAGGAGAUUCGUUUUCCUGCUCCUUUGUAUGUUGGUGAAGAAGUCACAGCUGCAGCAGAAGUGAAACGACUGAAGGGUUCUCUUGCACAUAUUUCUGUAUCAUGUCAGGUCAGAGAAAGUGGGAAAACUGUUAUGGAAGGGAUGGUGAAAGUCAUGGUGCCAGAGGGUUAGAGCUGUUCAUCAUGUGCAACUUCAGCAUAAAGGCCAGAACCAAUGUA